AUGACAUUCGAGAUUUACAUUCCAGAUAAUCUGACCUUCCAGGACUACAUUGCCGUUGUUCAAACAGCAAGGGUCUGGGCAGAUGGUUAUGAUAGAAAGAGUGAAGAGCGACUCCUCGCCGCUUUAGCACCAGAGGUUUCUGUCGACUACACGUUAAUCGUGCCAGCGUGGGGAAUAAAGCAGUACAAGGCGGCCGAGUUCGCGGCACUUUGGCUCUCAGAGGAGCACCUAGGCCUUAAGCCCUUAGUGACACAACACCUCCUGGCGCAGCCAUAUUUCAAAAAGGUCACUGCCGAUGAAAUUGUGGUAGAGUGGCAGCAAUUGGCAAGUCAUGGACGUUUACAGGCCGAUGGUGGAGGCGCGAGGGACGCGUCUGCCGCCAGGAUCAACGAGACGAGUGAUGGGAGGAGUCACAUGCAGCAUCAGUUCGUCCGCGUUGGUGGUCUCUGGAAGAUCGCGACGAUUACCCCUUCUCUGCUUUAUCAGACUGGGGACUUUAUGCGUAUUAGAAGACCAGACGGUGAGCAGUAG